AUGGCAGAGAUGGAAUUGGCGCCAUCAUUACGCGUUGUGGCAGUUAAAGGCACUUCUGCUCGAAGUCCCGCUCAUUUUGCCCUCAAAGAUAACGUUUUAGCUUACACUGCAGGCGGAGGCAUAGUCGUAAGCCAUUUGGACACUAACGCCCAAAUCCAGAGCCAAAGAAUAUACGUGGCGAACUCCGUGGUUGAUGGAGGCAGCACAAACAGUCUAAGCCAGACAUUUUUCGAUCUUUCGCGAGAGCAGGACCAGAAAAGGGACGCCUAUGGCUUUCCUAUAAGCCCAAUUCCAGUGACAUACGACGGAAGCGGUAAGGACGGAAACGAGCCAUUGAAAACACGGUCUUCUUUUGAAUCCUCAGAAAGCCCACUGGGCCUGUCCAGCGCCAAGAUGAAAGAUAAAGUGAGAGCAGUAAGCUGCUUGGCUCUCUCGCCCAAUAAGAAACUCUUGGCUGUUGGAGAAUCGGGCUACCGUCCCAGAAUCUUGUUGUAUUCUUUGGCUCCAGAUGCUACAGGCCUGCCUUUUGCUGUGAUCCACGAGCACAACUUUGGUGUGCGGCAUUUGGCCUUUUCCCCAGAUCUGAAGUACUUUUGCUCACUAGGAAACAUUUCCGAUGGGUUUCUUCACGUAUGGAAAUACUCAGCGAAUGCCAUCUCUCUUAAAGCAGGAAAUAAAUGCUCUUCUGUGAUUAAUGAUCUUAUUUGGCAUGAUAAUGGAUCUGAAUAUGGACAAAUUAUUGCCUUGGGUCUACGUUUCCUCAAAUGUUGGACAUACGAACCUUCAGAGAGCAAUGGGUCCAAGAUUUCCGUUCUUAAAGGCCGUCCCACAGUUCUUGGGAAGUAUUUGCCCUUAAAUUUUAAGGAAGCGUCUCUGGUGAAUACUGAUGAGAUUCUCUUGACCGAUGGAAACAUUUUGUUUGUGUACUCCCCCGAGGCAUCCACGCUAGUUCCAGUUCUAUACCAGCCUUCGGGGCUCAACGGACUUCUGAUCAACUUUUCAAGUCAGAAAGUUUAUUAUUUCGAUGACUCUUCGGAAUUUCACACUUUGCACUUGAGCGAUUUGAAAGUCAUCGCAGACCCACAACUACCUAGCUCACCCACAAGGUCUCCAGGCGAACUAUCAAGGAAUUUACUUAAUCUAUCCGUCACUGCUGAUCUGGGUCCCUCUAAGGUGAUUAAAGCAUUUACAUAUGACGACGAAAAUUUGUUGUAUCUAACCAACCAUGAAACCAUCUGCAUAUUCAACAAGCAAAAAGAGACUUCACAUUCUGCAAUCGGAGCCCCAAAUAAAGCACUUACAGGAAUGAAAAGAUCCACAUCGGGAGACAUCCUUGUCUUUUCAAAGGAUGGUGACGUUUCUCUUCUUUUGCCUGACAACACAUUUCAAAAUUUGUUCAAUCAUACAUUACCGAAAGUCGAAACUAUAGCCAAUGAACUUACAGCUGUUGAAUACUUCAAAGACUACUUGUUUAUCGGGGAUAAGUUUGGGCAGUUGACCAUUUGCGACCGAACGGAUAAUUCCUGGAAGACUGUUUUUCAACUCAAAGCUCACGCCUCUACAAUAAACCAUCUUGCAUCUUUUGAGGUGGGCAAGUACAUUGGUCUUUGCAGUAUCUCGCGAGACCGAAUGAUCCAACUUUUCGUUUGCAAUGAAGGUUCGUGGUCCUUGCUACAGACCUUACCUACUCAUAAUGGAAAUCUCCUUGAUGUGCGAAUACUGGCUUCAAAUCUAUUCGUGUGCUCUGCUGACAGGACAGUUUCCAUUCAUGAACUCAAAGAAGUGCCAGAUCAAUCCGGCCAAGAAACGAUUUCAGUUACUCAAAAAAGAAUCUUGAUUUUGAAAAGUACUCCACUUGCUAUGAGCUUAAGCUCUUCUGAGCUUUAUGUUUCCACAAAUGACAAGAGCAUCAUUGUUUAUGAUUUGAGCUCUCUAGAACAAAAGAGAGUGCUCAAACCCUAUACCGAUAAACACAAUGAGUCAUUAAACGCAGAGGAUUUCUUACUCUUGCCGAAAACUUUGAUCGCUAUUGCAUCGUCUGACCGCUCACUUCGUUUGUUCAAUUCUGUAUCGGGAAAACAUGUUUCGGUGGGCUGGGGCCAUUCGGAACCAAUUCUAGGUUUAAUAGAGAGAGACGAUUCCAUUUUGUCUUUGGGAGCUGAUGGAUGUCUAUUUGAAUGGAUCAUUGAUUCGAACUCGAACGAAACUCUUGGAACACAUCUCGACUCCCCAUCUAAAGACACCACUCCAGAAGCUUCGCCUCUAUAUGGUAAAGUUGCAAGGAAGAUUAUACCUACGCCGCAGUCCCUGACCUAUCUGUUGUCUCCAAGGAGGCAACCAAAGUUUGAUGAGAAUUUGCCAUCGGAACCUGAAUCGCCUACUCCUAAACUUACGAGUGCAACGCUUAAAAGACUCGAGGCUAAAAGAUUGAGUGCGGGAACAUAUGGAACUACGAGCAAAACCUCUCCCAGUUCCAGCAUUAGGACCCAAAGAUUACCUUACUCAUCAACUAAUUCCUCGUCUAUUGCUCGAGCUGCUUUGCGAAGCCCUCUGCCCAAAGUAUCUCUUGAAAGGGGCUCUCCGUCAUCUCAAAAAAAAUCUCCGUUCGCUUCGCCUUCUUCACGUCGUUCUACUUUUGCUCCAAAAGCUGUGUCGCCUUUAAGACUUUCUCAACCAUCCCAGACAAACGAUACACCUUCCUUUUCCAACCUUGAGUCCACAAACUUUGCAGCACCAUCUUUGCCGCCACCUUCUCAUGCUCAAGAAUCUGAUGCCUUAGAAAGAGCUCUAGCUUACUUGGCAAUCAUAAAAUCACAUGUUGAAAAGCAUGUAUUUUCCCAGACAGAACAACAACGCCUACAAGCAGAAAUGAAAGGUAUUAUGAAUAUAUUGGGGACGCAUAAUACAAGGAGUGAGGAAGAUAUCUUAGAGGAUUACAGCUCUAAGUUAUUGGCAUUGAUGGCGCAGAAGAUAAGCAAAUAG